CUAAUCAGAUUCAGAAUAAUUUCAAUAGGUACCUACCUAAUCAACUAACUCCACUCACUCACAGAAACUGUCUCAUCUCAAAUCAAUCAAAACAGGGAAGCAUUCACUGAAGUCAUUGGUCGAAUCGAUGUUUUAAUUUUUAAAUUUUGUUACCUUACCUUCCUUCGAACAGUUUUGUGCACUGUGCAUUAUUAUUUUACAAUCAAUAAAUUCGUCUUACCCACUUUCUUGUUCAACAUCUGAAUCAAGUAAGAGAUUGAUGUUUUUGAACACCUACUUUUAACAAGAAUAUUUGGAGCACUAUCGUGAAAUGGAAUUAGAAUAAAAAUAAUUAAAACAUUAAAUAUGAUUUCUGACGAAAAGCAGCCCCUUUUGACUGGACCGAGUUCGAGUACACCUAUUGAUAACGUAGAUGUGCAAAAUGUGGAGCUGGUAAAUGAUCCAAAUUUGACCAAAGAUGAGAAAUCUAAAACCGAAUAUCAUCCUGCAUCCGAACGAUGUUUGGAACACCCAACUUCUAAUUUUGAUACAUUGAUUCAUCUGCUAAAAGGCAAUAUAGGCACCGGAAUACUGGCUAUGCCAGAUGCAUUCAAGAAUGCAGGCUGGAUUUUUGGUGUGUUUGGAACACUGUUAAUGGGUUUUAUAUGCACACAUUGCAUGCAUAUGUUGGUGCAAUGCUCUCAUGAGCUGUGUGUUAGAAACCAACGGCCGGCUCUGAGCUUUUCUGAAGUAGUUGAGGAUGCAUUUAUGUUAGGACCAGUUCCACUAAGACCAUACGCACAAAAAAUGAAGAAAGUUGUUAAUGUAUUUUUGGUGAUAACACAAUUGGGAUUUUGCUGUGUGUACUUUCUGUUUGUUGCAACUAACUUGCAAGAUACUUUCCGUUUUUUCCACAUAAAUUUAAGUGUACACACCUACUUAGCUUUAUUGUUUAUUCCCAUAUUAUUAUUAGCUAUGGUGAAGAACUUAAAGUAUUUGACGCCUGUGUCACUAAUUGCGUCUAUAAUGACUGCUUGGGGCCUAGUCAUAACAUUCUAUUACAUAUUGCAAGACCUGCCAAACACAAAGACAAUCAAGAAAUUCUCAAGCUUUCAUCAGUUACCUUUGUACUUUGGUACUGCUAUAUAUGCCUUUGAAGGAAUUGGAGUGGUUUUACCCUUAGAGAAUAAUAUGAAAAACCCUGAGGCCUUUGGAGGAUGGACUGGUGUUCUCAACACAGGCAUGGUCAUUGUGGCGGUUUUAUACACGGGUAUCGGAUUCUUUGGGUACCUCAAGUAUGGUGAACAUGUCUUGGGAAGCAUUACAUUGAAUUUACCAAAUGACAUGUUAGCUCAAAGCGUUCGUGCGGUCAUGGCUGCUUCGAUAUUCCUGUCUUAUGGCCUGCAAUUCUACGUACCAAUGAAUAUAGUUUGGCCUUACGUCAAGUCGAAAUUAACUUCCGAAGACGCCCUGAAACAUGGCGAAGCUGUAACUCGAUUCGUCCUCAUCUUUAUUACAUUCAUAGCGGCUGCCCUGAUUCCAAACUUGAGCGGUAUAAUCUCACUGGUGGGUGCAUUUAGUAGCUCGGCCUUAGCCCUCAUCUUGCCGCCCUUGAUCGAAAUAGUAACCUUCUGGCCCGACCAACUCGGAAAGCAUAACUGGAAACUAUGGAAAGACGUCGCUAUUAUUAUAUUUGGAAUAACUGGAUUCGGAUUUGGUACUUAUGCAAGUUUAGAGGCUAUUUUAAACCACGCUUAAAGUGUAAUAUAUUUAUUUGAAAAUAGACGUUAUUUGACUAGAACCAAAGAGUUUUCGAAUUAUUUAUUGUAUAUUAACGAUCUGACAAUAAUUGUGAGUAGUAAUUAUUUUGAUCUGUUUUGCUUUUGAACGUUGUUUACUGUAGCAUUUAGGUGACUUUGUUUGAGCAGAACAUAAACUAAAAGUUAUUUAAUUUUAAGCUUUUUAAGUAUUACUUGCGUCAAAAUAUGGUUAACAUACUUCUAAAUUAUAUUAAAAGUUUCGGGUUCUUAGUGACUCUGUAGCUUUAUCUAUUGAAGAUACCUAUCGGUACAUACUAUUAUGUAUUUUGCUUAUGUAAUAAAUUUAUAUAGAUGCUAUGAUUGAAAUGUUUACAAAUAUGAACUUUACAGCUGUGAUUAUUUUAAGUUUAUUUACUCAAUCUAUUGUUUUGUUGAUUAUUUAAAUAUUUAAACUGUAAUUAAUAUAGCCCGGUAUUAUAUAAAUUAUCUAAAUUCGCUAAAAAAUGUAAGGCUAAAAUUUAUUAUUACAGAGGUAUUUGUUAUGUGAAUGUAUGUAUAUGGAAUAUUUAUCUCUAAAAUUAUAUUUUUAUGAAAUGUUAAUUGUCGCAUAUUGCAAAAUAGAAAUUAAUUAAACAAGAUUUGACAUUAUCAAAUUAAUAACCAUGACUAUUGAACAUUACAGUUAUAUUUAAAUUAAAAGAGAUAAUAAUUUAUACCAUACCCUUAGUAACAAUUUACAGGCUCAUUCUGCAUUCAUUACCUUUUUGGCCACCUUUGAAAUAAUGCUGAGAAAAUUAUAUUGUUACCAAAGAUGAUCAUAACGAGAAUAGCUGAACAGUAAAAACUGACAAUAAUAAUAUUGGUAUAUACGCGGUUUAUUUACAAUUUUUAAACUAUCAUCAUAUCGACAUUGGAAGGGACCCGAUUGAAUGCUGAAUCAGCCUUCUUAAUAAUGGUAACCAAGAGAACGGUUAUCUCCCAAACAAGAUUGUCAUUUUGCGAUCUUUAAAAAUUUGUUAUUGCAAAUAUAAAACUGCUCAAAACAGAAGCUAACUAGAAAUAUAUGCUAUUAAGAUUUUACUUAAAUUUGUUAUUUCAUGUCAUGUCCAAACUAUAAUCUUAAAUAAUAUUGAUAUAAUCAUAUAUAUAUGUAUAUAUAUAUAAGUUUUUUAUUAUAUUAGAUAUGUAUAUUUUUAGUAUGCUUUGCAAAUUAUGUAUUGUAUAAAGAUUGCAUUGCACUGUCGACACAGCUAGCAUAGGCAUUAAGGAAAGACGUAGGAAAUCAUUUAAUUUUCUCAAGAAAUUUAUUUUAAUAUCAUUGUGCAUAAUCCUAUCGCUUUAAGAGGGACACUGCUACGGUACCGGUAUCAAAAAUCUUGUCGUCUUUGAAAGUAGAAGCAUUUUUAACAAGACUUCUAGUAUUUGGUUACUUAAAAUAUUUUUUCAUCAUAAAAGAAUGGCCUGUAGUUUUAAGAAGGUAUGUAGGUAAGUAAACCUGUUUUCUGUUCGGCCGCUUAUGGCACUUUAGUGAAAGUGCCCACUUUGGUACUUAGUAAGUACAUAAGUUUGGUUAUUUUUUUUUAAUCUUGCUGCAGAUCUUUGCUGAUGAUUUAAAGUAGAAAAGUUUAGGUAAGUUGAGCAGAUUUGUACAUAAAGAAGGCAGAUAAAACGGAUCCCAUCAAAAGCUACACGAAAAAAUUAUAAAUAAGGAAAUCGUAUUUUUUAAAUGUCCUUGCUCUAGUAUUUUACCUGUUCGUACCUACUAAAUAUUGAACAAAGAGAAGAAUAUGAUGCUCCCAACACUUCAAUGUUCUUAUAUAAGGAUCCAUGCUUCUUGUCGCACAUAACUAUUGGUGUUUUAAAAUUAAUUGUAUUUAACGUGGAUAAAUAAUAUAACCUAC